UCAUACCCACGUUGAUCAUAAUUAAUGAGGGUGGGGGUAUAAAGGAGACUUCGCGGGACAGAACGAGAAAUACCGGUGUAGUUUGCAGAUACGACGGCCGUAAUGCUGCGUGGUGUGUUUUCGCUGUUCCUGCUGGUGACGUAUGUGGGGAGUUUCCGAGUUCCACAAGCACAGUGGGCCAGACCGAGGCUACCCAACAUCCAACUGGACGAGGGUGACCGGAACUACAUCAGCCAUGAAGUCAGCGACCCGGAUGUGGGUCCUGACGGAAUCACUGCUCUGAAAGACCCGGAUCUUCAAUCGUGUUUCAUCUACAAGUACAUGAAACCCCUCAUUAUACCGCGAGAACAGAGGCACUUCUAUACCAGGACAAAGACCGCUACUGUUCUCCUGACCCCACGGGACAAGAUACACUUCCGUCAGUCCGUGGGCCCCGCUGUUGACAAGCUGUGCAACUCUGUGAAAUCCUUCUGGCUUGAUGAGUUUAUGCUGUACCAGUACAUGAGCAAUCAGCUCCACCCCCAAAACGCCCCACCCCCACUUUCCCACAGCUCCGAUGAACCCGAGAGUGACGACGAAAACUUGCCCCCCGCAAUGAUCUUCCCGACCCCUCCCCCUCUUCACGAGACUCACGUGAUUCGCACGCCUCCCCCGCUUCCGCGCCAUGAAGUGAAUGCCCCACCUGCACCAGAGUCGAGCCCCACAGAUCGCACACAGAAUGCGAACUCCCCCACCUCUCAUGAAAGUGCCCCCACAUCUGUAACGCACGUUUAACAUACUGACCAUGCUGAUUUUUUUUCAUAAUUUCUUGGUUUACAAAUCCAUCGUUCACAAUUUCACAAAAUUUGAUACAAUUAAAUUUAGCGGGUUUUUAUUUUUUGGCUGUUGUCUUCACUACAGAAUACCUUUUGUAAUUCCCGCCACCUCAAGGCCUUUUUAUAAGGGAAGUAACUCUUUGAUUUAUCAUCCGCUCAACAUUUUAUGUAUCUCUGUACUGGUUUCAUAUUUCUCCACCGUAAUGUAAAUGGAUCACUGAAAGUAACAGAUUUAUAUUUAAAAUUUCAUGCACAAUUUUUCUCGAAAUCCGCAAACCAAGCAAUGGAAAAAUAUCUAAAUAUGUAAAAUAAAUAAAUCUGCAAUUUAAA